AUGGUGAGCACCUACUGUUUCCACCGUGUACUCAAGGCUUGGAGGCAGACCCCAGACUGCUCACCUCAGAAGGCCAUACUGACCUCUCACCUGACUACUGCCGCCACCCUGGCAUCCCCACCCUCCUAUCAUGACUCCUGCCCUAGGGACCACACCCUCGGCCCUACUGACACUAGUUCUGAGUCCACCAGUCCACUUUGGGCCCCUCUGGGUCCUGAGUGCCUGGUCCCACUGUGCCAGGUGCCAGUGAGUGAAGGGGAUGGCCUUGGGGCCCCCCAGGAAGCCAGGACCAUAUACAGUGAGCCCCUCCUGGGAGCCAUCUCCUUGUUGGACAGCUGUGCCUUAACAGCCAGAGAGGAGGGGGAGGAGCAGAAGGCAUCAGGGCAAGGGGAAGAGUGCCCCAUCUGCACUGAGUCCUAUGGGCUCCAAGAACACCGCCUGGCCCUGCUGAACUGUGGCCAUGGCCUGUGUGAAGACUGCCUGCACCAGCUGCUGGGUACGGCCCCCAGUGCUGACCUGGGCCGUGUGUGCUGUCCACUGUGCCGCCAGAAGACGCCUAUGCUGGAGUGGCAGAUCUGCCAACUGCAGGAGGAGCUGCUACAGGCCGAUGGGCCUGCACGCUCACUGCCCUGUGACACACCCCUGCCCUCCCCCCGUGACCCUGGGCCCUGGGGCUCCCUGGAGCACCGUUACCAAAUGCGCUUCCUGGUGGGGCCGGGGGCUGGCCAGGGCUGCCUACCCUUCCUGCCCUGCCCUCCCCGACUGGGUGCCUGGCUCUGGGCACUGCGGGAGCAUGGGCCUUGUGCCCGCUGCCUGGUGCUGCUGAGCCUGCUGGCCCUCGAGCUGCUGGGGCUGGGGCUCAUUGCCCUGCCGCUUGUGCUGCUGGGGCUGCUCCUCAUGCUCCUGGACCGCUCCAGCCCCUAAGCAGAACCCUGACUGCCCUGCAUGCCCACACUCCCCACACCUGGGUGCUAUGAGGCCCAGGCUGUAAAAUCCAAGGUUAGACCCAGAACACUGGCCUUCAGUCAAGGCCUCUGUCACUGGACUCAAAACAAGGGCUCAGGGCGGUGCCUGUGGCUCAGUGAGUAGGGCGCCGGCCCCAUAUGCCGAGGGUGCCGGGUUCAAACCCAGCCCCGGCCAAACUGCAACCAAAAAACAGCCGGGCGUUGUGGCGGGCGCC